AUGUCUCUCGGUGAUCGAUUUCGUCGCGCCGUCCGCAAGUCGGAUUCCUCCGACGAUGCCUCGCAGGCCCACAGCAGCGCCGCCACCUCGACGACCAACGCCAGCGAAACCUCAUCUCUCCACACGACGGCCACGGCCGGCUCGACCUUUUCCAAGGUCUUUCCCUUUCGCUCACGCUCCCGCUCCGGCAGCCGGCAGAAGAGCGCGGAGAAGGAAUCCGGCCGGGCGCGGGGCAAGGAUCGCAAGAAGCCCAUCCACCCGAGCCAGCGGCCGCUCACGCUCCAGAACCUCCAGCACCAGGAGAUGCUCAGCCAGUUCACCAUGACCUUUGGCGCGAGCGACCCGAGCCAGAUUGAGCGACUCAGCUUCUGCGGCGUGAGCCCGUGCUGCACGCGCCCGUCGAGCAUCGAUCUCGACCGAGACGAGUUCAACCUCAGCAGCCGCACGUCGGCCCUUUCCCUCGUCGAGGCGCCGAGUGGCGAUUCGGUCCGUCAAUGA